AAAACAGACUCAACAUUAUCAUUUAAAGUAUUAUUUUGGAGAAUUAGACAAUACUUAGAACAUUGUCUAGGUACUAGUCAACAUGCAACUUUCUAUUGUAGUUUGCGCUUUGUGUUUCCUAAUCUCUGGGACGCAGCUAACUGGAGUUGAAAGUACCGGAGAGUACUGCCACGGCUGGACCGACUCUGACAACUGGCACAAAGGUUUCCAGUGCCCGGAGCGUCAUGAUGGCCAGGACGCAAAGUAUUGCUGCGGGACUUGCAUUCUGCGGUACUGCUGCACCGCAAUCGAGGCGAGGUUGGACCAGACCACUUGCAACAACGACAAUUUUUUCGACAUGGAAAACGACAGGGAAGGCAACAAAACUCCGCCACAAGUGCCCAUGUACCUGCCUUUCGUGAUUGUGGCUAGCACGUUCGUGUCCUUCGUGCUUGUUGGCUCCAUUGUCGCCGCCUGUUGCUGCCGGUGUCUGAAGCCCAAGCCUGGAGAGUGCCGCAGUGAAUCGGCCCCCAUUCAGAGCCACUUGCUGGAAUCCGGGCCCUCUUCUGAAGGAGCCGCUCCAUCCUGCCCCUCUAGCGCCAGUUCCGGGUCCACAGGCAGACAGCACAACGGUUCCGAUGCGGGCACGGAGGACGCGGUGGGCAACAACACCUUGUAUGCAGGGAGAGCUGGGUACGUCACACCAGGGGCCCAUGCCAAACAGUAUCUCGGUCCACCACAGGCCCUGGGCCCCUUUUUCCAGCCGCAGUACCUGAGCUAUGGAAUCCCCCCAGAGCACACAGUGCUGAUGACCCCCGCCUACCUGGACGGACAUGCCACCUAUGGACACCAGCAAGCCUACCCCUUCCCACAAGCCCCAAUGCACACAGAGGCAGUAUACCCUGGAAUUGCCAUGUGAACACCAUUGACGAGAUUAAACUGGUAAACAGCCUGGUGUGUUGAGAGGUCCUCUUCCUAUCACUCAUUGUUUACAUUGGUAUGUUGGAGGUCAAUUUUACGGUCUGAUGGCCAAAUGCCAAAAUACCAGAAUGAUAAGA